UCUCACUCUGACACAAAACACACCGUACAUCAAACCUCAGCCAGCCAAGCUUAAGUGCUCCCCUCUCUCUCUCUCUCACUCUCGAGCUCCGAGAGAAGGCUUUCUUUGCUUUGCAUUUUGAGAAGAGCGAGAGCGUGAGAGAGAGAGGGAGAAAGAAAAUAGUGACGUUACUCUCUAGAAGAAGAACGUUGUAAGUUUUACAGACCCUAGUUGAGUAAACCCACUAAGAGUAAAGUAGAAGAGAGGAAGAUUCUUUGGAUUCCUUUUUCCUUUUUUUUUUUUUUUUGAGUUGAACAAUGGCUUCAAGAUUCAAGCUUGUCUUUGCAGUUUCUUUGUUGCUUCUACUUUUAGAUUUCUGCAGGGGAAGCAUAGUUGGAGUUUGCUAUGGAAGGAACGCUGAUGAUCUCCCAACACCUGAUAAAGUAGCACAACUGGUUCAACUUCACAAGAUUAAGUAUCUCAGGAUUUACGAUUCUAAUAUCCAAGUGCUGAAGGCAUUUGCAAACACUGGAGUUGAACUUAUGGUUGGAGUUCCAAAUUCAGACUUGUUAGCAUUCUCCCAGUUCCAAUCAAAUGCAGAUUCCUGGCUAAAGAAUAGCAUCCUUCCAUACUACCCAGCCACAAAGAUCACAUACAUCACUGUUGGUCUUGAAGUCACAGAGAGCCCAGAUAAUGCCUCUGCCUUGGUUGUACCUGCUAUGCAAAAUAUCCUCACAGCAUUGAAAAAGGUUGGCCUGCACAAGAGGAUUAAAGUUUCAAGUACCCAUUCCCUAGGGGUUCUGUCCCGAUCAUUCCCACCUUCUGCUGGGGCUUUUAACAGCAGCCAUGCAUAUUUUUUGAAACCUAUGUUAGAAUUCCUGGCCGAAAACCAGUCACCUUUUAUGAUUGAUUUAUAUCCUUAUUAUGCUUAUAGGGAUUCUCCAAACAAUGUCUCUUUGGAUUAUGCUCUGUUUGAGUCAUCCUCUGAAGUCAUAGAUCCAAACACUGGUCUACUUUACACAAACAUGUUUGAUGCCCAGAUUGAUGCUCUUUAUUUUGCCCUGAUGGCUCUAAAUUUCAGAACAAUAAGGAUUAUGGUCACUGAAACUGGUUGGCCAUCCAAAGGUUCAUCCAAAGAGAAGGCUGCAACUCCUGACAAUGCCCAGACUUAUAACACCAAUCUAAUUCGUCAUGUUAUCAAUGACUCUGGUACUCCAGCCAAGCCUGGUGAAGAGCUGGAUGUGUAUAUUUUCUCAUUGUUUAAUGAGAACAGGAAGCCUGGAAUGGAAUCAGAGAGAAACUGGGGCUUGUUUUAUCCAGACCAGACAAGUGUCUAUAAUCUGGACUUUACUGGAAAAGGUGCUGUUGAUAUGACAAAUAGUGGGAAUGGUACCAAAUCAAAUGGAACAACCUGGUGCAUUGCUUCUAGCAAGGCUUCUGAAUCAGAUUUGCAGAAUGCCCUAGAUUGGGCUUGUGGUUCUGGAAAUGUGGAUUGCUCUGCCAUUCAGCCUAGCCAGCCAUGUUUUGAGCCAGAUAACCUAGUCUCUCAUGCCUCUUUUGCAUUCAACAGUUACUACCAGCAAAAUGGGGCUAGUGAUGUUGCAUGCAGUUUUGGAGGAAAUGGGGUCAAAGUUGACAAGGAUCCUAGCUAUGAUAAUUGCAUGUAUCUGACCACUAGAGGGAUCAACAAAACUGCAGCAAGUAACACGACUGCCAUGGCUAAUACGUCUUCCUCCACGCGGGCUGAAGUGUGCGCAUGGAUUGCUACUUUCUGUCUAAUGACUUUAAUCUCAUUUGUUUUGAACCUGGGCAACGUGGCAGUUGCAUCGAUUUGAAUAGAGUUGAGGAGUCUGAUAUGGAUAUGGAGGUGCCUCAAACGAGAUGAGGGAGAUUGAUUCAAGAAAUUUGAGGUGGGAAAGAACUUGCUGCUGCCUCUAGUUUUUAUGUGGUAUUGAUAGUGCUGAGUGCUGACAAGAUGCCGUAUAAUGAGAAUGUAUAUGCUGUCCAUCGCUGCUUGUGUUAAAUGUGGUGAGAUUGCAGUAUCCUGUGUUAGUUGCAAUUUUCAUGCUAGUUAAAGUUAAAAGGCUGAGGUUCUUGUCCCAAUUUUUUUUUACCCUUAAUACCACUACCUUGAUAGCGUGUUUGGUUCGGGAAUGGAAUAGCCAUUCCCAGUAUUGUGAAGCCCCUUCUAUUAACUUUGUUUCACAAGAAUAGUUAUUUCGAAGAAGGGUCAUUUUUAAAGAAA